AUAGCAUAAACCUCCCGAAAGAAAAAGAACCAUAUCUCUUCUCCACUUAAGCUUAAGCAUAGUAGUUGUUACUGACUACUACUAAGCUGAGUAGCAAGCUAUCCAAAAACCACCAUGGCUCUCACACACCACCACCACCACCACCUCUCUUCUUCUCCAUUUUCCCUCAUUCACACUCACUAUCCAAUUCCAAAUCCAACUCCUUACCUUUCACUUUCACUCUUCUCCAAGUCCAAAUCCAAAACCCCAAACCUCUUCUCUCUUUUCUCAACUCCACCCACCUCCACAAACUCCUCCGACUCCUCAACCCACAUUUUCCUCCCUUUUCUCCAACAAGAAGAACUCCUAGAACCCCAACAACAACAUGAUAAAGAAGAAGAAGAAGAAGUAGUGGAAGAAGAUGAAGAUGAAGAUGAAGAAGAAGAAGAAGAAGACUCAAUGAUAAGAUUCUUCAAGUCUCGCACUUCGUCUUCAACCCAAGACCCACAACGCGAAUCCAAACUCUCCUUCCAAAAGAAUCGCCGCCCCACGUGGCAUCUAGCUUCCGAUAUGGAAUCCGAAACAGAACCCGAAACCGAUGUCGAAAACGUAAUCUUUGAGGAGAAAAAACAAGUGGGUCAUGUCGAGAAGUCAAACUCGAGGCCGUUGCCGGAGGGAAUUGUGGGUGAGAUUGUGAGAACUGCGAGGGAGUUGCCUGGAAAUAUGACGCUAGGAGAGGCAUUGGGUGGUUUUGAGAAAAGGGUUAGUGAGAAACAGUGUGUGGAGGUGUUGGGUUUGAUGAGUGAGGAGGGUCUUGUAAUGAGUUGCUUGUAUUUCUUUGAAUGGAUGGGGUUGCAAGAACCUUUGCUUCUGACUCCUCGAGCUUGUUCAGUUUUGUUUCCAGUGUUGGGAAGAGCUAGAAUGGGUGAGAAGUUAAUGGUCUUGUUUAGAAACUUGCCGCCCAAGAAAGAAUUCAGGGAUGUUCAUGUUUAUAACGCUGCCAUUUCGGGGCUUCUGUGUUGUGGAAGGUACAAUGAUGCUUGGCAGGUGUAUGAGGCAAUGGAAACAAAUAAUGUGCUUCCAGAUCAUGUGACAUGUUCUAUUAUGAUUACAAUCAUGAGAAAAACUGGUCGCAGUGCAAAAGAUGCAUGGGAAUUCUUUGAGAGAAUGAAUAGGAAAGGAGUCAAAUGGAGUGUAGAGGUUUUGGGUACUCUAAUCAAAUCAUUCUGUGAUGAGGGGCUGAAGAAUGAAGCCCUUAUCAUCCAGACUGAAAUGCUGAAAAAGGGAAUCUCCUCAAAUACCUUAGUGUAUAACACUUUAAUGGAUGCUUUUGGUAAAUCCAACCAAAUUGAAGAAGCUGAAGGUCUUUUUUCUGAGAUGAAAAUGAAUGGGCUAAAACCCACAUCUGCUACUUAUAACACUCUAAUGGAUGCAUACAGCAGAAGAAUGCAGGCUGACAUUGUUGAGAAGCUGCUGCUAGAAAUGCAAGAUAUGGGCUUGAAGCCAAAUGUCAAAUCAUAUACAUGUCUCAUUAGUGCGUAUGGGAGGCAGAAGAAGAUGAGUGACAUGGCAGCAGAUGCAUUUUUGAGGAUGAAGAAAGUUGGCAUAAAACCUACUUCACAUUCUUAUACAGCUCUUAUCCAUGCUUAUUCGGUUAGUGGCUGGCAUGAGAAAGCUUAUUCUGCAUUUGAGAACAUGCAAAGGGAAGGAAUAAAACCUUCAAUAGAAACAUAUACUACUUUACUAGAUGCAUUUAGGCGUGCUGGUGACACACAGACAUUGAUGAAGAUAUGGAAAUUGAUGAUCAGUGAGAAAGUUGAAGGGACUCGGGUAACAUUCAACAUUCUUCUUGAUGGAUUUGCUAAGCAAGGUCACUACAUUGAAGCAAGGGAUGUGGUCUCUGAAUUUGGAAAGAUAGGCUUACAUCCAACUGUCAUGACAUUUAAUAUGUUGAUGAAUGCAUAUGCACGAGGAGGGCAACACUCAAAGUUGCCGCAACUGUUAAAUGAGAUGGCAGCUCUGAAUCUAAAACCUGAUUCUGUCACUUAUUCAACAAUGAUCUAUGCCUUUGUUCGUGUCCGUGAUUUCAAGAGGGCAUUCUUCUACCACAAAAGGAUGGUAAAAAGUGGACAAGUGCCAGAUGCCAAGUCUUAUCAGAAGCUUAGGGCAAUUUUGGAUGUAAAAGCUGCAGUUAAGAACAGGAAGGACAAGAGUGCCAUACUUGGUAUAAUUAAUAGCCAAAAGGGUUUGUUGAAAGCUAAGAAGAAGGGAAAGAAAGAUGAGUUCUGGAAGAACAAGAAAAAAGGUGUUAGAACUCAUAGUUUUGCUCAUGGUGGACAAUGAUGAUGCUAUCGGUGGAGUCCUGUGAUCACCAUAAAAUCAUUUUCACACACAGGCUCUCUGUAUGGUUGAGCUAUCUUCACUGUGUCAGUUAAUGGCUUCUCCUGAGGGUUUGCUUCAAAUAGAAUAGAAUAGUGGGGAAAAAAAUACUGAUGGCUGACUCCAAUAAGUCUGUUGAGGAUCCAUUGCUGACCCCAAAAAUUUUGAGACUAAAACUUGGUUGUUGUUAAAUGAGAUAUUUCUUUCAUACAAGAGAUUGCUACUGUUGGGAAAGGCCUAGUCCUGCUAUCAUUCUUAUAAUGGAAGCCUUCACAGAACAGUACUCAUACAGAGACAUUGUUUGCAGUGGAUGCAUGCCAUGCCAAGUGAUGAACUGGGUAAUUUUCUUGAUCCAUGCCUUAUUUAUAUUGAAAGCUAUUCUUUUUCCUUGUUGAGUGAAUCCCUUGUGUAAAAUCAUGUUGUCAUAUUAUACGAACAAGUAAAGUAUAUGAAAUAUUGAAGUGCAACUUUUCCCAUUUG